CUCCUGGAGAUAUAUAUCCCAAGAGUAUCCCAAAGAUGUUCUCAUGCAGGUCCGUAAGGAGACGUCUUGAGAAUGUUCAUUGUGCCGUUAUUUAUGGAGGCAAGCCGGUGUCCCCAACUGGGAAAUUGACACUGUGGAGAACUACACAUCAAGAGAGUAACCAUGCACACAACAGCAUGGAUGGGUCUGAAAAACAGAGCUGAAUGACAAAAGUGAGAGUGAGAUGUAUAUAACAGUUGCAUUACAUAAAUUAAAAUACAAAGACAGUAAUCACUAUGCAAGAAUAUAUACAAAUAAAAAGACAUUAAACACAUAUAUAUAUACAUAAGAGACAUCCUGCGUGGAUCAGUGAUGAUAAUGUGCUGGGAACUGAGAAGUCUGAUUUACUAUUAGACUUUACAUAACCUUUUUUUUUUUUUUUCAGUCAGUGUUUUUAAAUGCCACUUUUUAUUGACAGCCAUCUGGAGUGGGGAUGAGGUGUGUUUUAUGACACUUGGCCAAGGUGAAUAUUUUAAAAAAAAUUUUAUUGGAGUAUAAUUGAUUUACAAUGUUGUGUUAGUUUCAGGUGCACAGCAAAGUGACUCUGUUACACAUAUACAUAUAUCCACUCUUUUUUAAGAUUCUUUUCCCAUAUAGGCCAUUACAGAGUAUUGAGUAGAGUUCCCUGUGCUAUACAGUAGGUCCUUAUUAGUUAUCUGUUUUAUAUAUAGUAGUGUAUAUAUGUCAAUACCAAUCUUCCAACUUAUCCCUCCUCCUACCCUUACCCCCUGGUAACGGUAAGUUUAUUUUCUACAUCUGUAACUGUUUCUGUUUUGUAGAUAAGUUCAUUUGUACCCUUUUAUUUAGAUUCCACAUAAAAGCAAUAUCACAUGAUAUUUGUCUUUCUCUGUCUGACUUCACUCAGUAUGACAAUCUCUGGGUCCAUCCAUGUUGCUUCAAAUGGCAUUAUUUCAUAUAUAACCUUUAUAUAGACUUUAAGAAACUACUAAUACAUACCUCAGUCUCUUUCCUCCCUUGAUUCUACAUUGUUUAAAAUUUUUAUGUUAUUUUUCUUUAUUAUUGCUGUAGAAGAAAAUAUUUUGCUGUGAUUUGUUUAGGUGAAAUGCAGAUUUUAUUGGAGGUAUUUGCCUUUUAGGAUAAAUAUUUCAGAAAAAUGUCAGGAAUGCCUAUUCUGAUGCUAGAUGUGUGUAUAUUAAUGCUUUCUCCAAGUAAGUUACAUAGAUUCUUUAUUAACUGUACUCCCAUAUGGAUGGAAAAAAAUAUACCCACCAUUCAUGGUUCUCUGAGCUACAGAUAAGCAUUGCAUGUGGUUUGACUCUAGAUUCACCAUUUCCUUUUGCUUCAAAGAAGUAAUCAAGUUAUUUCUUGGCCUGGUGCUGCCUUUCUUCCAUGUGUUUUGAAUAAUUGAAAUCUUUAAUGGAAAAUUAUACAGUUUUCUGUCCUGAGAGAUCUGAGUAGGCCCCCUGGCCCCAGAGCAGGUAAUUAGACCACAAAUGAUUUCUCAGCGGUUGCCUGGGUAAGUCCUGUGAAUAAAAGGUCUUUAAUGGGCCAGAUUUACACGUCUUCUAUUACUUAUUUCCUUGAUAACUUGAGUCAUUUCCUAGACUAUUUAUUAGAAAUUUCUAACAACUGUUGGAAAGUCUAGAAUGGAGAUGUCUCCUUUCCAAAUGAGAAGCAGCCCUUGGGCAUUGAUUGACCAGUGCCACCUGCUAAUUCUAAUGAAUUAGUGGGUUCCUUUGUGAAAGAGACAGAGCUGCCCUCCAACUUGGUUCCAGUCUUCAAUUUCCCUUCACCAUCCAUUCAGGAAUGGAGCACCUUAAAAUGUGUUUUCCUGGAGAGGGGCUUACGAAUUGUUCAUACUGGAAUAAAAUUAAACUGCAGGCUUAAUAAAAACCCAUUGAGGAGGACAUUAGUUAUCUACUACUGCAUAAUAAAUUACUGCAGAAUUUAGCAUCUUAAAACAACAGAGCAUUUAUUUAUUAUCUCACAGUCUCUGAGAGUCAGGAGUCUGGGGCUGUCUGAAGGUGAAGGCCUAGGGUCUCUCAGAAGUUUCCAUUGAGUAGUCAGCUUGGGCUGCAGUCACCUGACGGGACUGGAAGACCCGCCUCCGGGCUCACUGCAGGGCUGUUGGCGGGAGGCUUUGGUUCCUCACCACAGGGCCUCCCCGUCGGUGCACACAGGGCAUAGAAGCUGGCUUUCCCCAGAGUGAGGGAUCAGAGAGAGAACCCAAUAUGGAGUCUUUUUUUUAUAUGAAGUAUUUUUAUUUUAUAAAUUUAUUUAUGGAUUUAUUUUUUGGCUGUGUUGGGUCUUCAUUGCUGCUCAUGGGCUUUCUCUAGUUGCGGCGAGCGGGGGCUACUCUUCAUUGUGGUGCGCGGGCUUCUCAUUGCGGUGGCUUCUCUUGCUGUGGAGCACGGGCUCUAGGGUGUGCAUGCUCGGUAGCUGUGGCGCAGGGCUUAGUUGCUCCGAGGCAUCUGGUGUCUUCCGGGACCAGAGCUCAAACCUGUGUCCCCUGCAUUAGCAGGCAGAUUCUUAACUACUGCACCACCAGGGAAGCCCCUGGAGUCUUUUUAUAACCUAAACUCAGAAGUGCUAUCCCAUCACUUCUGCCGUAUGCUGUUGGUCACACAGACCAACCCUGGUACCAAAUGGGAGGGGAGGAAGGGUGCUCAAACGAUCCUGAGAGGGAAAUGUAAAGCUCUAAACACCUAGAUUAAGAGAAGGGUAAAGAAUUAAUUCUUUCCCUUCAUCUCUCAGCUCUCCUUAUUCUAACUCUUUAGUGGUCACUUCAUCCCCUCUUACGGCAAAAAGGACUUUCCUCUCAGAGUAGAGAACAAGGCAGCAAACAGGUAGACGGAGAACUUUCUAGAGUCCCAACCUAGGGGAGGAUUCUGAUUGGCUUGGUUGGAUGACAUGCCCAUCCCUGUGGCCAGGUGGGCAAGUCCUUUACCCCAGAAAGGGAAACAGAAGAAGGGCAGACAAAAACACCAUGUAUGUACUUCAGCAUACUGAUGAGUGUUAUAAAGCCUAAAAGGUGACAGCAUUUUACCGAUUGGUGAAUUUGUCAGAUUUUAGCAAUCUAACAGAUAAGCAGUGUUUGUUUUUUAAUCUGGUAUUUAUUUUUUACCAUCCAACUGAUUCCAGGCAAGAUAUGAAGAGUAAAUUUUAAGGGAGUCUUAUAAACGUACCCAAAAUAACUUGUGAUACAGAGGUUUCUGACACAGAUCUUCCAUGAUAAUUUACCACAGAACUUCCUUAGGAUCUUGACGUCAAGUGACAAACAACACCAGUACCACAGUCUUCCAUGUUACACUGAGAGACAUGUACUCAGAAUCCAUGAAGAACGUUAUUUUAUCACUACUCUAAAUUUUUGAUAGGAGAAUUGUGCUUGAUGCUGUGGAGGACACACAGGUGAACAGGACCCGAGAAGCUCAUGGUCUGUUCGGAGAGGAAGAAUAACAACCACCUUGUCCAGAACAGAAGCAAGUGAAGCAGGUCGAGAUGACCACAGCUACCCCUUUGGGGAGUACCACCUUCUUCUCAUUGAACAUGACCACCAGAGGAGAAGACUUUCUGUACAAGAGUUCGGGAGCCAUCGUUGCCGCCAUUGUGGUGGUUGUCAUCAUCAUCUUCACCGUGGUUCUGAUCUUGCUGAAGAUGUACAACAGGAAAAUGAGGACAAGACGGGAGCUGGAGCCCAAGGUCCCCAAGCCAGCCUCCCCUUCUGCCCUGGGCCCAAACAGCAACAGCAGCCAACACCCUGCAACUGUGACCUUCAGCCCUGUUGACGUCCACGUGGAGACUCGGUGACCCCCCAUCCUGGGUGCUGUCUCGGCCACUGUCCAAAGAGCCUUCAGUCAAGACCAAGAAGCACAUUUCUCCUCUGGCAGCUUCACUAUGAGUUUGUUCCGGUCAGGUCAACAGGGGCAUCUCUUAUGCAAUCCCUGAUGCUUCAGGCAACCCCCAACCCCAUCCUGCCGGGCCCCACCCCAGGUACGUCCAUAUCCCUGCUGCCACCCUUCCAAAAAGCUGUGCUAUUUUGGGAAUCCACUGCUGUGGGUUUAGCUGUCUCCCCGCAAACACAAUAGCUAGACAGACAGACAGGCAGAUAGCCCAGGAGUCUUCUGGUCAGGAGUCAGGGGUCAGGGCAUGCUCCUUAGAGGGUCUGCCCUGAGGUCAUAUCAGAGGAAGGGCCAUAUCCACAGCUUUGUAGAGCAAAAUAGUCAAUCCCAUAAUCAGGCACAGGGGAGCUAACUUGGACUAACUCACCAACAACCCAGCUUGUUAAUUUAUAACUUGUUCCAGUGCUAAAUGACUGCUAGCUAGCUCAUGAUCAUCGAUCAGCACAUUUCUCCCUCUUUAAGAAAGGUUUUGGGAAAAACUGGUUUCUUCUCCAAAGGUGUCUACUUCUUUAGUAAAGAGUCAAAGUCGAAGACAUAGGAUGACCUUGAGGAAGAACGGCAUCUAGGAUGAAAGCUUGUUGUAGCGUCCAUGGGCCUGGAAUAAGCCUGGUGUCUGUUCAGGGCCCCUCCCCCCACACCCCCCCCCCCCCACGGGGGCUGGAUUAACCUUGACUCAGUCUCAUUUCUUGGCUUCCCUCUAUUUGGAUUCUGAGCAAUCCUCACUCUCCAGUUACCAUCUUACCUCCAAGGUCCAGUAUUUGGAGACUGAUUAGAUUACAACUCUAUUUAUGUUACCUCUGCCCUUCCUGGUCACCUUGCAAAGAUUCAGGAUAUAUUCAAAGCACCACAUUCACAAACCAUUCCUCCGGACAGAGCUCAUCUCUUUGACACUUCAGCCUGGAGAACAAUCUACUGAAAGAGGAAAGCAUUUUGGAAUUAAGAAGACCUGCCUUCCAAGCCCUAUUUCCUGGUUUUGUGGCCUUGGGAAAGUGACUUGACCCCUCCGUAUUCUGUUUCCUAACAUGAAAUGGGAAUAACGUCUGCCUCACUGGGUGACUAUGACAAGCCAGGGACUUAGUAAAACAGCUUAGGUAGCACCUGGCGCCCAGCAGAUGCUUUAUAAAUGGGAGCCAGCAUUAUUAUUAUGAAUUUCUUCCAUUGUAAGACAUACACUUGUUCCCAUUUUAAUGAUUCUGAAAUCAGAAUAUGUCUUAAAAUGGAUGGGUCCACUAAUGAGGUUGCAUUUUUUUUCUCUCUCUCUCUCAAAAAGCUGUUCUUUAGCCAGUUGUGCCUUUUACAGUUGAAGGCAUCUUGGAAACAAGGUAAUAAAUCUGUAUUCUGUUACAGACAGUGACACACUCUGACAUUUAACCUUAAACUCUAGGAGUCUCUCCUUCUGAGGGAAAUCUCUUUUGAGGGAAAACUGAGGGUCAGGAGGUAAGAAGACGGACACAGGGUCACACAGUUCAUGUCAUCCCACUAUAAAAAUGCUCACUUGAAUAUAUCUGGAGAAAUACAGGCAAAUUCUUUCUCCCCAGACAUCUCUUCUCCCUCCUGUGUUUAAAUAUCCGCCAGACACUUUGCAAGGUGUUUUACAUAAGUUAUGUCAUGGGAUUUAUUUUUCCCAAUAACCCUGGGAGGUAUUAUUUUUCCCAUUUGCCAAUGAGAAUUUCAAACUCAAGAAGAAAAAAUACUUGCUCAAAGUCUCACAGCUUGUGAGACAGUAAGUUGCAAAGACAAGACUCAAACCGUGGCCUCUUUGACUCCAAAGUCCAUCUUUUUGUUGUAUCACACUCUUCCCUGACAUCCUGGCUCAAAGAACAUGGAUUCUUUUGUGAGCUGAGCAAGAGGAGGACAGGCUUACCCAUGUGUCUGAGUGGAGGUCGGGGGUCAGCUUCCACACCAAAGGUGGGGCAAAGCCACUUUGGUAGCCUCCUCUGGGCUUCCAUGAUUGUAGACAAAGGGGCCGUUUCCAAAUCCAUCCAAGCUCUAAGGAUUUCUGCUUCAUUCCCCCACCACUUAGGCCCAAGGAGCAAGGCAUGAGAUGGCCUCGAACCAGGACAAAGCCAUUUAAGGACUCAAGCCCACAUAGAUAUGUUUCCCAGAUGUAUUCUGCUUUAAAAAAAUUAGGGCUUCCCUGGGCUUCCCUGGUGGCGCAGUGGUUGAGAGUCCGCCUGCCGAUGCAGAGGACAUGGGUUCGUGCCCCGGUCCGGGAAGAUCCCACAUGCCGCGGAGCGGCUGGGCCCGUGAGCCACGGCCGCUGAGCCUG